AUGAAGAUCGCCAUCCUCCUCCCUCGCCGCCGUGGCCUCGCAGAAAAGCUGCCCGGCGCGCCCCCGUCACGCCCUCCUCAGGAGCAGCCAAGUCAACCCCCACGAGCUCGGCGCCACAGCUCCGACUUCGAGGCCGAGAACGGCAUCGUGUUCCAGUUCUCGGGCUUUCCCAGGGUGUCAACGGCGGAGCCAACAUGGUCGGAUCUUUCAGGAGGACGGCUCUUGGCCGAAGUCAAGUUCGUGGCCAACGAGAACGGCUACCAGCCCGAGUCCUCCCCCCUGCCGUGGCCCCCGCCUUCCCCACCCAUCCCCCGUUCGCCUCGACCAGAUCGGUUCGCCCGCCUCGAGGACGAGGCAGAUAAACAGAGAAAGGAAGGCAAUGCCGGGGAAUUAAGACAAGCAUCUAUAUUCACUAAGGACAGAGAAACUAAAGAAAUUGGUGUGUCCGAGUAA